UCUUUAGUGAUGCCUAAACAAGAUAAACGACUAACUUUCGUACAAAAUUUCAUCUGCGGGGGAAAUGCAGGAGUUGUGUGCAGAACUGUCUGCUCGCCUCUGGACGUUGUGAAAACUCUGCAACAAGUAGGGACUGCCGAUGCGGCCUCCGGAAUGACUCGGACGUUUAUAAACCAAUACAAAAACGAAGGAAUAAAAGCAUUUUAUAAAGGCAAUUUAAUCGCCUGUCUCAGAGGCUUUCCUUAUUACGCAAUCCAAUUUGCAGUUUAUGAAAGAUCAAAGCAAAUCCUGAGUCAAAAUAACUCAAAGGUCGGCUCUUUGUUGGUCUCAGUCAGUGGAGCACUCUCCGGAGUUUCUGCCGUGAUUUUAACAUAUCCUCUUGAUAUGGUCAAGACAAGACUCACAGCACAGCAUGCUGACCUGAGCAGGGCAAAAUAUAAAGGAAUUUUGGACGCUUUCAAAGUCAUUUCCCGAGAAGAGGGAAUAUUUGCUAUUUACAAGGGUUUGGGGACAUCAGUAAUUGGUCCUCGUUGCCUAUUUAUUUCCAGGAGUCAUUCCUUUCACUGCGGCCACCUUUUACGCCUAUGAAAAUGUCAAAAUGCUGUAUGGAAGCACGGAGAAUCGCAGCCCUGUCUAUAAUUUUGUUGAUGGUUGUUUGGCGGGAGCGUUUGCUCAGACUGUGAGUUUCCCGUUUGAUACGAUCCGGAAAAAACUUCAGGUUUUUGAUGUUUUUUACAGAAGGCUCAAAGUUCCUUCAUCACGGGAGGAGGGACUGAUGUGGAAUUCAACGGAAUGGUUGAUGGGUUCAGACAGACUAUUCGCAGAUAUGGAAUUCUUGGGUUGUGGAAGGGCACAUUGGCCAAU